UACUUUGACAACAACCGAGUCGGACAAGAACAACGUACAGCAACAAAAUACCAGCAACACACAGACACCUCCAGCCCAAAAUCUCUUUCUCUCUUUAUACCACCGAUCAAAGGAGGCGAGGGAGGUCGUUGAAUUGCCUCUUCUCCUCUCGCUCUCUCACUCAAUCUCCAAAAAUGAACGGCGGUCCAUCUGGUUUCCAGAAUGCUCCUGUCUCAAGAGCCUUCGUUCUUGCUUCUGGACUCCUUACGAUUUACUUUGGGAUUCAAGGUCGUUCAUCCACACUUGGACUAUCAUAUCAGGAAAGUUUCAAAAAGCUUAAAAUAUGGAAGCUAAUUGCAUCAGUCUUUGCGUUUUCAUCCACCCCGGAACUGAUGUUCGGAUUGUACUUACUGUACUACUUCAGGGUAUUCGAGAGACAGAUAGGCUCCAAUAAAUACUCGGUUUUUAUCUUGUUCUCUGUGAUCGUUUCAUCAGUGUUCGAGGUGCUUGCAUUGACGCUCCUUAAAGAUCCCACCUUGAAUAUAUUAACCUCAGGACCCUAUGGUCUUAUAUUUUCGUCAUUCGUACCAUUCUACUUUGACAUUCCAGUUUCAACACGGUUUCGCAUAUUUGGUGUUAGCAUCUCUGACAAGUCCUUCAUAUAUUUAGCCGGUCUACAGCUUCUGUUUUCAUCCUGGAAAAGGUCUAUCCUUCCAGGUAUAUGUGGUAUUCUUGCUGGUUCCUUCUAUCGCCUCAACAUUCUUCGCAUCCGCAAGAUAAAGUUCCCGGCAUUCAUCGCCUCAUUCUUCUCACGGCUCUCUUUGCCUUCACCUGGGACUACACCCCCUACAACAUCAAGCAGGAAUGUCAUUGGAAACAUACCUUCUUUCACAGGUCGUGAAGUGCAGAGAAAUAAUCCGAUUGCUCCACCUGCUUUCACCGCGGAGCCACCUGAGGAAUCCAUUACUACAUUGGUGUCGAUGGGGUUCGAUAGAAACACUGCAAGGCAGGCACUGAUACAUGCAAGAAAUGACAUCAACAUGGCUACAAACAUUCUCCUUGAGUCUCAAUCCAACUGAUAAAAUCAUCAAUAUCUUUUUGCUAUAAGGAGGCGAGUAUAGAUUGUUUAAAUUCUUCGAAAGGGAUACAGCCAUUUGAGAAGGAUCUUACCAGUCCAAAGUAGUGUAAUUGAUCUGCUGUGCUGUUUGGGAACCAUGUAAGGUUUUCAUGGUAUCACCGUUGUCAUUUUUCUGUUUCUAGGGUUGUCCAUUAUGAAGAAAGUUAUACCGUGACUACUAAUGAAAUCUCUUAACACUAGGCCUGACUGUAUAAAAGUUUUUUUUUUGGAUAUUAAAAAUCUGUUCAUACCUAAUUACCAGAGGAGAUUCAGCUUUGUAUAGUUGCAGCUUCGAAUAUGUAUGCAGGCUCUUCAGUUCAAUUGGUUUCUACAUUUUUCUGGUCUCA